UUCAACAGCCCAGAUCGUUUUGUGCAACGAAGACAAGUCUGGUGUGGAAGCCGGGCACGACUCACUCGUGUAGGAAGUUCCUCACCGGCAAACCUAAUAAGGGGAGGAAUCAUUCAUCAAGUCACAAUGACACCUUCUACCACUGGCGAGCGUGAUCACCGUCCUUGCAGAGACCUGCUGCCGUGCGCAUGCGCUUGCACUGACGCAAACUCUUGCAUGGACACGGAUCCCCGCAUUGACGCAGAUGCCCGCACUUAUGCUCACACGGAUGCCUUCUUACUACCUUUGCUACUAUCUGUCUCAUGUAGCCUCACCUCGAUGCGUCCCCUUGCAGGCUCCUACAAGGGAUUCAACGUUCAAUUUGCUCACCUCGACUCACUCUUGCACAGGUCGGGAUCACUAUCAGGGCCCUGCUUGCAACCAAGCAGACAUUUUCUCGUUCUCAGUAACACAACUACAUAAGAGCACCCACACAGUCUGUCUCUACUAGUAAGCACUCCGUUCAUAAAUCACGCGCACAGUUCAAUGAAAGCCAACAAGUCACCAUGUCCAACGAAGAUGAAGCAGAAAAGUUUAGGCGAUUCUCUCCUUCCAUCUUCUCCAAUCUCACCACCAGCACCUGUGAAGAGACAGGUAAAGCGGAAGCACAAGUUUCUAGGCUUGUGUCCCGCAUGUCGUUGCAGAUGUUGCAAGGGAUCUCUAAGCCAAUGAUAUCUCGUCAUAUGAGAAUGGGUCCAGGAUUGUAGAUUCUUUACCUCGAACGCAUACAUGUGUAGCAUCCGUUCCACC